AUGGAUCAUAAUGAGCCAGAUUUGGAGAGCAUCAUGAUCAAAUUGAUAGGCCCCCAGUCGAUUACAACAGCCGAGUUUGACCUGAUCGCCCUACACCCUGAGUGGUUCACCACACUUGGCGAACGCGUGAGACUAGCUUUGUCUGAGUCCCGCGCUCUUCGAAUUCUCGAGGAAGUCUCGAUCGACUAUGAAGUUUACCCCGGUCAAUAUCCACAGGUAGAUCACUAUCUCACACGACAUGGACAGUUGCAGCGAAUGAUAGACGCUUCUAGGAUGAUGCAACGUCUUUGGGCUCGGCAGAAAGCAGAUGAUGAGAGGCUGGACUGCCCCCAUACAUGGACUGAAGACCUGGCUACCUUUGCAAGAGGCUGUCUCGAAGCACUCAGAGGCGCAACUGUUGACGUCGAUGAUGAUAUGGACGGAUCACGUUCCCGAACUGAGCAUGAAGAGGAUGCUUGUAUGAGUCCUGAUUUUCCGGAGAUCAUAACCUUGUCAACUGAGUUCGCGGGACAUAUGCGAGAUCAGAUUCGUAAUCUCCCUUGCCGGGCAGUGGAAUGGGAUGGUCUACUGAAAAUAUUGAAAGAGGGGCCACCUGUCAAGGAGGAUGUUUUACUUGCCAUCAGAGCCAUAAUGUGUGGUUUGGUGAAAGAGCUUCUUCGUGCCAGGUCAGUGUUGGAAAAUCGCAUGCGUGGGGUUACUUCCGAGAAACAAGCAAUUGUGAUGCUUCAAGCGCCUACUCAUCUGGCCAGGAUGGUUGGUGUUCUGAAUAUCGAGAAAGAUGGGGAGAUCGAUUCAUAUGCAGAAUGGAAAAGUCUGGAGAAAUGUUUCCCUGCCAGGUAUAAAGGCUUUUGGAACGAUAUCGACUGCAUGUGGCCGAUCCUCGCUGAUAUCCGAGCUUGGAGCGUUGUCAGUCGAAAUCUCCACAGGAUAUACCAGUCAGAGGUAUGCACAAAUCAAAUGGAACUCCUUCUCAAGUUCUCAGUUGAUUUGCAUACCACCCGAUUUGAUCGUCAUUCAAAGGGUCGUCCCCACGUCUGA